AUGGCUGGAGAAAGCGGUUCGAGUAAGGCCAAGCGAACGACGUCGGUUGAUUAUGGCGAGAAAGAGCUCAUCUCGAAAAUACCGGAUCUUGGAAUUGCUCAACUUCGUUUCUUGGUCAACAAUCCCGAGUUAGAUCCGAGUUUGAAGGCCAGCAAUUGGAAAACACUCAUCGAAUUGAUCAAAAGCAACGAAAUGGGACCGUAUUACAAAACGGUGUGUGAUGAGGUUGGCGCAGCCAUCAAUGAAACACUUCUGAACGAACUGAAGGAGAAGAACGAGAAACGUGUCAAGGAAAUGGAUGCGGAAAUCGAGGAUGCUGAACAAAAUCUGGGUGAAAGUGAAGUGAGACAAGCGCUGUUACGUAAAAGUGAAUAUUUGUGUCAAAUCGGUGAUAAAGAUGCAGCAGUGACUGCAUUCCGUCGAACAUAUGAAAAAACGGUUGGAUUGGGAUAUAGAAUUGAUUUGAUCUUCAAUCUGAUUCGUCUCGGUCUGUUCUUCUUGGAUCACCAGUUGAUCAAUACGAAUAUCGCUAAAGCAAAAGAUCUCAUGGAACAAGGUGGUGAUUGGGAACGGAAAAACAGAUUGCGGUCGUAUGAGGGCCUUUAUAAGAUGGCCAUUCGUGACAUGAAAGGUGCUGCGGCUCUGUUCCUUGAGGCAGUACCGACGUUCGGUUCCUACGAGCUGAUGUCCUAUGAGCAUCUGAUAUUCUACACAGUGAUUUGCUCUGUUUACGCAUUGGAAAGACCAGAUCUGCGAACGAAAGUGAUCAGAUGUAAUGAAAUUCAAGAGCAGUUAACUGGUGGUGGUGAGAAGGGAGCGUUGAUCCCGAUCAAACAGUAUUUGGAAGCAUUUUACGGGUGCAGAUACGACGAACUGUUCGUGUUGUUGGCACAGUUGGAGAGUGAACGCCUGAAAUUCGAUCGUUAUUUAGCGCCACAUUAUAAUUUCUAUUCAAGAGCGAUGCGCCUGAAAGCCUACAAGCAAUUCCUUACACCAUAUAAAACGGUGCGACUGGAUAUGAUGGCGAGAGAUUUUGGCGUGUCGAAGGCAUUUAUUGAUAAGGAACUGCAUGCGUUGAUCGCUGCGGGACAGUUGCACUGCAGAAUCGACGCGGUUCGUGGUGUUAUCGAGAUGAACCAUCCGGACACGAAGAACCACCUUUAUCGAAGUGUCAUCCGUGAUGGCGAUAUUUUACUGAAUCGAAUCCAGAAGUUGGCGCGUGUGAUCAAUGCUUAA